AUGUCCGCCGUGGACGCGUAGGUUCCCGUGUUUUAGAUUUCCUACUUUAUCUAUCCGCAACUUUGGCGCUAUAAUUUUGUACCUUAUCUUAAUGCUAUUCCGCAGUUGUUGACUUCGUUCCGGCAAAAAUUAUCACCGUUUCCUCGCAAUUUGAGUUUAAUUUUGUAAUAACAAAUUAACAACCAAUUUCGGUCCCACGAGAUUGUAUAUAUUCUGAUUUAUUGUUUGUAGAUGUUCUGCCAGUGUUAUCAAAAGUAAUUGCCGCUUUCGCUCUCAGUCGAAUAACCGGGCUCCUUGCCGUCUCAAGAAACUGGCAUUACACGAUGUUAAGGCUGAUCUCCUACUGCCUAUGUACUCGUGUAUGGCAACCAUCCAUUGACGCCAUUUUGUUAGUCUGCGGCUAAUUUUUUAUUUUCUGACUGGUCAGCGGUUGGCAAACACACUAGCUCGUCCUCACGAAUGUCGUCAGUGGCAUGCCGAACGCGUGUUCCGUACGGAACAAUGCACCGGUAAGCCGCGCGGGCUUCCCGCCGUCUAGUAAGGGGACCUUCCUAGCGGAGUAGACUGCAGGGUACCUGAAACCCCAACAUUGUCAAACGUGUUAUUAGCACUGAUUGUGCGGCCUGAGCCAGUCUGAUGCCGAGUACGUGGCCACUUAGCCACUAGCACUGUGCAAUAACGGUCGGUGUUUUGUUAUCGCACACACCGGGCACUGCAACUUAUUAGUUAACAUGCAGAAAUUUUUCAUGCAUUUGAAGGUCCGGAAACUGUCGCGUACCUAAUUCGUCCUUUUAUCCACUUUGUCUAGGAUGGGAAAGAAUACACAGAGCGGAACCAUGGUCGUAAAUAAACAAAGCCAAACCUCUUCCUCAAAACUGUAAAGAGCGUAAUCCCGGCUGUAUAGCGUAUUCACUGUGUACAAAGUUUAGAAGUGGCGGGCAACGAAUGUCGAACUUAUUUCACACCAAACUAACUACGUAGUCCCGAAGCCAGCCGAGUGUGAAGGCGUACAUUUCCCGAAAAUCAGCGAUUAAGACUUGUUCAGGUGUUUCGGGUGCCGUAGAUCAUAUUUCUUCGGCCACUACGUUAGUCAUCGUGAAAAUCUCGCCUCCACGUAGACUGUUUUGCUUGCCAAUUCCUAUGAUCUGCUACCUUAUUUUCGUUCCUAGCGUGACUUUGGCCAGACCUGGUUCCCUCCCAGCGGAUGAGGUCAUCUAUGACAAGGAAAAGGGCACUAAGACCGUGAUCACUUAUGUUGAUGAUGAAGAUGAGGGCCAAAUAUACAAGGAGACCAAAGAGUAUACCAUCGAAACCAUAAAAGUGGCCUCUUCAAUUGCAAAAAGACGGUUAUGGAAAAAGUUUGGGGAAUCCAAACACGAUCCUCCCGGUCCAAACCCCGCAAACACUUAUCCCGGAGAACUUGUUGAAAUUCAAUAUAUCCAAAACAAAUUGGUACGUGUGUAACAUAGGGUUCCUCUUGCUUCCAGGUCGAAUUUCUCUCACUUUCUACUGUUUGCGUUUUUUUUCCUCUCCACCUACGUGCGUUUUCUUAUAAUUCGCCGUGACAGCCCGAGUUGCGACUCGCUUCUGUUUUGUCCACAGGCAAUGACGCCUGACACGUCAUAUGUAGUGUUCUCUAAGUCAGCCCUUAGGUUGCGUUUUGAUUGGGGUAAGUGCUCGCAAUUUACUUUGGCAUAUCGUUUGAUCUGAAGGGCGGCCUACAUAGCGACCCCUAUAUAAAGAAGUCCGACUUACGUCUCAGCUGGGCUGAGCUGCUCACCCAAUUAGUCCUUAUCCAACUGUUUCUCCAUACUUUCUGGUCAGUCAGAUUUAACUAUGGGGUCUUUAUCUCAUCAAGGUUAAGAAUGUGGAGCCACUUCACUUACUUCGAAGCCGCAAAUCAUUCUUGUUUGUUUUCCAUUGUUCUUUGUUUUAACUUUUAAAACAUUUCCCUUCUCUCCAAAACAGGCCGAAGAGAGCGACCGUUUGGAGAAGGAAAUUGCAAAACCCAAGCAAGCCGUCACUUGUCGUACCUGCAAGGGUGCUCAUUUCUCUCAUCAGUGUCCAAACAAGAGCGAUCUUGAGGCAAUUCUGGCUUUACAGAGCAAAUUUCAAGAUCCCGCAGUCGCCGAGGCUGAGGAAAAAGCUAGAGUAUGUUUUCUGGUGGUCGAUUAUGAUACUAUGCAAUCAGACAAAGCCCACAUUGCCAAGUUUAUGCCAUUUUAUUUCCCUCCUUCAGGUUUUACAUAAUCUCGAAGUCCUGUCUUCUCACCUAGUGACUGUCUUUUAAACUUCAGCUCGCAGCCGCUGGUCCACUCCCGGUCAUUCCUGACGCCUCUAGCGGCCGUUACAUCCCUCCGGCACUGCGUGCCGGUGCCGCUCCGAUCGCAAUGCCGAGUCGAAAGCUCCUCGAUGGCUACAGUAUCCGUGUCACCAACUUGCCUGAAAACACAAAUGAGGACGAUCUGCGCGACAUCUUUGGUCGUUUUGGUCAGGUUAUCCGCAUCUAUCCUGCGAAGAACAAAAAGACUCAACUCAACAGAGUAUGUUCAACUUUUGUUCAUUCCUACAGACCAAGUGGUAGACAGGGAGUAUGUCUGCCUACCUUCUCCUGUGUAGCCUUCUCCGAUCUGCUCAACUGUAGCUUAGUUGAUCUGGCAGAAGCGAUAAAGGCUUAUACUGAAAGACCGAACCUCAGAGUCCAGGCAGGCAAGCAAGCUGUCUGGAUGCCGGUUGUCGGUGACAUUCUGCUUUUCUCACCACGAUAAUGUUGCGCAAGUUUGUACCAGCUCGCAACGUUUCGCCACCCCCCCCCUUUCGUGUUUGAAAUUCCUCAACGUAAACUUCCACAUAAUCUCAAAAUCCAAGGAUUAGCACCCGCACUCUGAUCGCGUUGUUGCAGUAUUUCUUUAAUUGUCCGCAACAUUCCACACUGACGAAUUUAUCUUAGCGGGGAGGUUCGGAUAAACCCAUUUGAAAGGAACCUUUGCUUCUGCGCACAAGGGAUGUCUAAUUCAUAUAAUUCCAAACGAGCCAGCAAAAGUACAAUUGAGGUCUUUUAUACCCGACUUGUCAGAUUUAAAAAGUUCUCCAUCUGAUUGCCGUUUUCUGUUUGCUUUUUUGUGAAUCGGUAUUCGCUUCUGCCGACCUUUUUCGUAAGUCACCAGUAUAAGCGCUUAGGGAAUAUAGUGUGGGGGAGUCGACAAGCUGAAUAAUUUGCCUUGGUGCGGCCGCAUUUGAGCCCAUAAUAUAAUAAAACAUAUCCUUGACUGACGGCCUAGGCUGCAGAAGAGAGACGUCGCUCCAUUACAAGGGAUAGUUUUGGGUUUAAUUUGCCUGGCAAGUUGGCAAAACUGGUUGAAUGAUCCGUUUAUUACAUCGUCUGAUUUGUUGUUGAUCUUUUCCUAUUUUCUAGGGCUUUGCUUACAUUUCCUACAUGACGGAACAGGAGGCCGCGGACGCCAUUUUUACCGCCGAUGGCAUGCGUUACGGCCACCUUAUCCUCAAAGUCGACUGGGCUCAGUAAGUUUUCAUCCGGGACUCAUCAUUGAUGCUUAACCUCGAUCAACACUUUGAUAAGCAGACUGAUUUUGGCUUCCGUGUCGACUUUACCGCAUCGUAAAAGUUUCCGCAGGUGUCAUACUGCAUCGCCAGGGGGAGAAAUUAGUAAUUUGUAGUCCCGACUGUCCGUUGUCUGAAUUCUCGCGUUUGCAUAGCCUGCGUGGCAGUCUGCAUGAUUCAAAAACACUUCCCUCUGGAGCUUCCAUCGUGCCCUAAGUCCGUCCAUGCUAGAGGAAUGAACACACUUACCCAGUCUACAUCAUUUUCUGUUGUGCAGCACGAUAGACUAGCAAUUUCUGAAGGCUGGAGAUCUUGAAUGUUGCUGCCUUUGCAUACUUUCCAAUCGCAUGCGCAUAGACUGGCCGCCACUUAUUGUGCUUCCCCCUGCUGCACCCUCAAGAAUGCUGCGUUAAUUGGAUGACCUUGGAUUGCAGAAAUACUGGUAUCAAGAGGUGCUUCCGAGAGGUUUUCCCCCUUACACACCCGACCAUGGGCUUCAAAUUGAGCAAACCGGGCUAUAUUUGUAUCUGAAGUGAACCAAACUUUCUGAUCGUUUUCACGUAAAUGAACGAUCACCGGGAUGUCUGGAAAUUCGAUCGACUGCCUCUCGUAGUCGUCCUCAGCAAAAGUUGCUUAUGGCCUCGUGCUUGGCGACUGCAGAUAAGAAGAAGAUGCGAUCACUGGAACGAGAAGUUUAUUGGCCUGACGUUUCGGAUUCUCACUCGAACCCAUCAUCAGAGGCGGUUGCGGAUAAAGGUCCUUGGAGAAGAAACCUGAGCUCGCAAGGUCCGCUGUCGCUGAUCAUCACAAGUGGUGACACGAUCCGCCGCAUUGAUAGCAUCAUGCAGGUCAGAUUGGUACCCGCCGUAUCGAGUGCAUUAAACCCACGCUCGCGUGACCAUGCGUCUUCUGGAACCGACCCUGAUCAAACAUGAAGUCUGGCUGCCAAUAGGGGGAAGUCAACGGUCUCAAGGGUGGAGGCAUUGUUGGGCCAGACGUGCAGAAUUCGAUGGAAUUUAGAAAAAUCUGUUGUUUUAGUCAACCCCUAGCCCACAAGUGAGUAGGCGCAUACACAAUCAAACUAUCGAAAAUCCGGCUUAAGGGGGUAGCCGUGAGAAGUAGGCCAUCCGCCUUUCCAGUCUUAACAAAAAGCUGACCGGAGCGGAUUGUUAUUUCCUGUUGUCAACAUGACCUGACUUUCGUCGCGUUUAUAUUUGAUGUGCUGUUAGAACUGCAAAGCUUACUGCUUUCUAUGUCUUUUUUAGACCCUCAAACAACUGA